GGGACCGACCUGAAUACUAACCAUAGAAUACCACAUCUAUAUAACAAUACUAAAAGUCAUCACAAAUCACUAAUGCACCUUAUCUCGUCUUGGCCAUACAUAUCCACGUCAACCUAAAAGCUCUAGCAAUAGUAGCCAAUGGAGUCGGCUGAGUUUGACAAACACCUUUAUCCGUGUUGCAGCCCCUCAUCAGAGCCAAUUCGGGGAUGACAUUCUACCCCUCACUUGACUCUCAACAGCAGCGUAUAUAUACUAGAGGAGAAAACCUACGGAUAAUUUUGUAGGUGCCCAUCGGAACAGACAGCCAUUUUUGAAUUGGUCGUAAAAGAGAAAUAUUAGAAGAUGCUUUCCCAACAAGAUAACCGCCUUGUAUUCCACUACGACGCCGAAGAGCUAUGGAUAGAGCCAUGGGGAGAAAACGCCCUCCGAGUGCGUGCAACCAAGCAACGCUCGAUGCCAACUGAGGGCUGGGCAUUGGACGUACCACCCAUCUCACCAAAGGCAAAAAUCACCGUCGACGAGACAGAAGCAACCAUCACCAACGGCAAGAUCAAUGCCACCAUCUCAAAGCGGGGUAAGCUUAUUGUAUACAACAGCAAAGGGGAAAAAUUACUAGAAGAAUACGCACGGAAUAGACUGGAUGUGCGGGAUCCCAAGUGCAGCGCCAUCGAGGUGGAGGCGCGCGAAUUUAAGCCGAUUCCUGGCGGAGACUACCAUCUGACUAUGCGCUUUGAGUCGGUCGAUGUCAAUGAGAAGAUCUUUGGUAUGGGACAGUACCAGCAGCCGCAUUUGGAUUUAAAGGGGCAUGAUCUGGAGCUUGCACAUCGGAAUUCUCAGGCUUCGGUGCCAUUUGCUCUGUCUUCACUUGGAUAUGGUUUUCUCUGGAACAAUCCAGGAAUUGGCCGGGCGGUCUUGGGGAAAAAUACGAUGAGCUUUGAGGCUUAUUCGACGUCGAUUCUCGACUACUGGGUUUGUGCGGGAGAUUCUCCGGCUGAAAUUGUGGAAGCGUAUAGUGGCGUUACUGGAACCGUACCAAUGAUGCCUGAGUAUGGACUCGGCUUCUGGCAGUGCAAGCUUCGUUAUCAGACGCAGGAGGAGUUGCUGGAAGUUGCGCGCGAGUACAAGCGCCGUGAGUUGCCUAUCGAUCUCAUAGUCAUUGAUUUCUUCCACUGGGAAUUACAGGGCGACUGGAAGUUUGACCCAACCUACUGGCCCGAUCCAGAUGCAAUGAUAGCAGAAUUAAAGUCUCUGAACAUUGAGCUCAUGGUUUCGAUAUGGCCUACCGUAGACAAGCGGGCUGAUAACUACCCCGAGAUGCUUGAGAAUGGCUACCUCAUCCGCGUUGACCGCGGUAUGCGAACAGUUAUGGAAUUCCAAGGCAACACCGUACACUUCGAUUCCACCAACCCGGGAGCGAGAAAGUACGUAUGGGAGAAGGCGAAGACAAAUUACUUUGAUAAGGGAAUUAAAGUCUUUUGGCUUGAUGAAGCGGAGCCAGAAUACACCGCGUAUGAUUUCGAUAACUACCGUUACCAUGCCGGCUCAAACCUGGCAAUCGGGAACAUCUACCCUGUAGAGUAUGCUCGCACAUUCUAUGAGGGUCAAACUGCCGCUGGGCAAGAAAAUGUCGUCAACUUGCUUCGUUGCGCCUGGGCCGGCAGUCAGAAGUUCGGUGCCUUAGUUUGGAGUGGUGAUAUUGCUUCAUCGUGGGGCUCGUUCAGGAACCAACUUACAGCUGGGCUACAAAUGGGAAUCGCAGGUAUCCCCUGGUGGACGACUGACAUCGGAGGUUUCCACGGUGGCGACCCCAACGACGAAGCAUUCAGAGAGCUGUUCGUAAGAUGGUUCCAAUGGGGAACUUUCUGCCCCGUCAUGCGUCUGCAUGGUGACCGCGAACCGCACAAGCCGCAGCAUGGCACUACCGGAGGAGCCACCUGCACGUCAGGCGCCGACAACGAAGUGUGGUCUUACGGACCUGAGAUUGAGAUGAUAUGUAAGAAGUACAUGCUUCUGCGCGAGGAAAUGCGAGAGUAUACCAGAGGGCUGAUGCGCGAGGCGCACGAGAUGGGGACGCCUGUGAUUCGGACCUGCUUUUAUGAGUAUCCAGAGGACCCGAAAUGCUGGGAAGUUGAUGAUCAAUAUAUGUACGGAGACAAGUAUCUAUGUGCCCCAGUUCUGAAGGCUGGCUGUGUUUCUCGGGCGGUUUAUUUUCCGAAUGGCAAAAAGUGGAAGUUGCUGGAUGGAGUAUAUGUGUAUGAGGGCGGCCAGACACAGAACAUAGACUGUCCACUUGAUACAAUGCCCGUGUUUAUCAGACAGGAUGAGUAA